UCCCUUUACUUCUUUCUCUCUCUUCCUGUAAUAUAUAAUUAGGGUUCAUUUUCUCUGUGCACUGUGUUACCCAUUUAGUAUGUGUUGUUUGCUGCUUUGAGAAGCUCUAAUUUACAUUUAAUUGUUGUAAUAUAAGUUUUGUCUUCUGGGUUUGUGCAAUUUUCAUGGCUUCAUUGCAUCUGUCUUUUUCUCUUGAGUUUCAUGAACCCAAAAAGAUUAAAUUUUGUCCAACUUCUGCUCAAUUAUUUGAUCGUUUACCUGUUACCCACUUCCUAAAUUCUUCAAAUGGAAGUGGGUUUGGUGUAAUUUUUGCUGUUUCUAAGUUGAAUCAUGUUAAAGCUUCUCGUUUCGAUUCGGAAUUAGUAGAUGGUUCAGUGAAUGUUGGUGAGGGUGAUGGUAAUGGUGGAACGUAUGAGGAUGAUUUAGGGAGUGAGAAUUUGAUUUCCCAUAAUACGAAUUUGUCGCAUCGUCAUCAUAAGGCGGGUGCUAAAAAUAUAGGGAAGGGAUUUUGUGGUGGUGGAGGUGUGAGAGAAGUGCGAAAAGAGAAGCAAAGCUUGAAGAAGCUUGAUAAUGCAGGAAAAUGUAAUGGGAAAGAAGAUGAUGUUUGUGGUGAACUAGAUGUUGGCAAAUAUGGUAUUAGGCCUGAGUCGAGCAUAGCCUCGUUCAAUAAGAUAUUGAAAGGCCUUGAAAGGGGUGAGGAUAGGAAAGCAUUGAUAUUUUUUGACUGGAUGAGGAGUAAUGGGAAGUUAAAAGGGAAUGUAAUUGCUUACAAUUUGGCUUUGCGGGUAUUGGGAAGGAGAGGUGAUUGGGAUGCGGCAAAGAAAUUGGUUGAGGAGAUGAGACUGGAAUCAGGGUGUGAGCUGCAAUUUCAGGUCUUUAAUACUAUAAUUUAUGCUUGUUCUAAAAAGGGGCUUGUGGAUAUUGGUGCUAAAUGGUUCCGUAUGAUGUUAGAGUAUGAUGUUGAGCCUAAUAUUGCAACUUUUGGUAUGCUUAUGAGUUUGUACCAGAAAGGUUGGAAUGUUGAGGAGGCAGAGUUUGCAUUUUCCCAAAUGCGGAGACUAAAUAUCAGAUGUCAAUCUGCAUACUCAGCAAUGAUUACAAUUUACACCCGGUCUGGUUUGCAUACCAAAGCGGAAGAGGUGAUUGAUCUGCUGUUUAAGGAUGAAGUUGUAAUGAAUCUUGAGAACUGGUUGGUUAUGCUGAAUGCUUAUAGCCAACAAGGGAAGCUAAAAGAAGCCGAAGGUGUAUUGGUGUCAAUGGGUGAGGUAGGUCGUGCCCCAAGUAUCAUUGCAUACAACUCACUGAUAACUGGGUACGGGAAGAUAACCAAUAUGGAUGCUGCAGAACAAAUGUUCCAGAACCUACAAAAUGUAGGCCUGGAGCCUGAUGAAACAACUUACAGGUCCAUGAUUGAAGGCUGGGCUAGAUCCGGGAAUAAUGAGAAAACAAAAUGGUAUUAUAAGAGGCUGAAAGAUUUGGGAUUCACACCAACUUCCUCUAAUCUUUACUCUUUAAUAAACUUGCAAGCUAAACACAAGGAUGACGAUGGGGCUUUUAUCAUUCUUGAUGACAUGGUGAAGUUGGGCUGCCAACCCUCCUCCAUUCUCGGCUCUCUCAUACAAGCUUAUGAAAAGAGUGAAAGGUUUGAUAGAUUGCCACAAAUUUUGAGGGGUUCUCUCUAUGAUCAUGUGCUACAUAACCAGACUGCAUGCUCAAUUUUGGCUAUGGCUUAUGUAAAACACUCCUUGGUGGAUGAUGCUAUUAAACUUCUAAAAUAUAAGCACUGGAAGGACCCAGCUUUCGAGGACAACUUGAUCCAUUUGCUUAUUUGUUCUUGCAAGGAACUGGGCCAUCUGGAAAGUGCUGUCAAAAUAUUUACCCAUAUGCUGAAUUCUGAUGGAAGGCCAAACUUGCAUAUUUACUCGACUAUGAUUGACAUCUACAGUCUUAUGAAUCAAUUUGCUGAUGCAGACAACACUUACCAGCUAUUAAGGUCUUCAGGACUUGCUCUGGACAUGGUUGCCUAUAGUAUUGUUGUCAGGAUGUAUGUGAAAUUUGGACUUUUGGAAGAUGCUUGCUAUGUUUUGGAAGAUAUGGACAAGCAAACAAACAUCGUUCCUGAUAUUUAUUUGUUCCGCGACAUGCUCCGAGUGUACCAAAGAUGCAAUAAACUAGAUAAGUUGGCAGACUUGUACUACAAGAUCUUAAAGAGUGGGGUUAGUUGGGACCAGGAAAUGUACAAUUGUGUCAUAAAUUGCUGUGCUCAUGCUUUGCCUGUUGAUGAGCUUUCCAAGGUCUUUGAUGAGAUGAUUAAAAAAGGAUUUUCCCCCAACACUAUCACUUAUAAUGUUAUGCUUGAUGUUUAUGGGAAGUCCAAACUUUUCACAAAGGCUACGAAAGUCUUUUCAAUGGCUAAGAAACAGCAAUCGGCAGACGUGAUAACUUACAAUACUCUUAUAGCAGCAUAUGGUCAAAGCACAAACUUAGAGAAAAUGACAAAAACUGUGCAACUGAUGCAGUUUAAUGGGUUUUCUGUAUCCCUUGAAGCUUACAAUUGUAUGUUGGCUGCUUAUGGAAAAAAGCGUCAAAUGGAUAAACUUAGAGAUGUCUUGCAAAGUAUUAAGGAAUCAAGUCACACUUCUGACCAGUACACGUACAAUAUACUGAUGAAUAUAUAUGGGGAACAACGAUGGAUUGAAGAAGUUGCUGCAGUGUUGGAAGAGCUAAAAGAAUAUGGACCGGGACCAGAUUUAUGCAGCUAUAAUACAUUGAUAAAGGCAUAUGGCAUUGCAGGAAUGAUUGAAGAUGCUGUUUCUGUGGUUAAAGAAAUGAGAGACAAUGGGGUAGAUCCUGAUAGGAUCACUUAUCUCAACUUGAUAACCGCAAUGCGCAGGAAUGAUAAGUUUCUAGAGGCUGUUAGAUGGUCAUUGUGGAUGAAGCAAAUGGGAAUGAGCUGAAGUACUUGUAUAUUCUUUUUCUUCGGUUCUUUGUAUAACAGAUAAAUGCUCUGUUUUGCUUCUGAUCACUAGCCGUGAUUGAUUGUUUCUGUCACUCUUAAUGUGUUAACUAUAGACCCACAGUUACUUAGAAUCCAUACUUUUUACCAAUAUACCAUGGAAUAAUUGCUCUGCAUAAAGAUACUCUUGGUACUUGAUUCAGCAGAAUAUUUUCUGUAUUUGUUUGAAAUAAAUUUGUUCACUGAAAUAAAUAAGUUGGGAGAGAAUCAAGCCUCUCGAAUGCUUCAAUAUAUUUUAUUUUAUGUAAUUUUCAGCUUAUUAGUCAAAAUCAUCAUCCUUUUCCUUAAUUUCUGCCAUUAAUGUUGUGUAAGCUAAGUUAAUUUUUAGCUUAAAGGGGAACUGAAGUAGUGAACUGUAGGAGAAAGAAACUGUGAGAAACUUUUCUAUUUUCUGACACCCUUCCUUUUUUUGGAGAUACAACGUUGGAAAGGCUCGAACAACCAUCUACCCAGCUUCACACUCCUAGCUAUAGCAGUCAAUUCAUGGGCUGGAGUUCUGGAGUAACUGUAUCCCUAGUAAUAUGUUUUAGCAUACAAGACACUAAGGAGGGCAUCGGGAUAUAUAUCAGGAAUUCAAAUCCCAGAUUCCCUCAGUGAAGCAGACAUGACAAUGUUUCUGUUAAUCCCCAACUACAGCUACUGCUAGCUUCUUCUCUGUGAUGCUGUAUAAUUGAAUGGCAAAAAGGGCAUCCAAGUGCUACUACAAAAUUUUGCGGGGUUUUAUACAGGACUAUAAUUUUGGGAAUAUCCAGCCUGUCUUUGCGUCAUUUAUUAAGAGAUAUGGUUUAAUUAAACCUACACUAGGCAAGAUGUUGGUGCAUUACUUGUGUAUGGAGAACAAUGUAGAUGGUGCCCUUAUACUCAUUAAUGAGUUGAACAAAAAUCAUUUUAAGGUAAAUUUUCCUGUUGAUGUUAUUGGGAUGCUUACAGCACAAGGAAGACCUUUGGAUGCAUACAGACUUGUUAUGGGUGCCCAAAAUGAUCUUUCGAGUAUGAAUGUGGUUGACUACUCAGUCCUUGUUGAUGGACUCUGCAAAGAAGGGUACAUUGAUAAGGCCUUAGAACUAUGUAAUUUUGCCAGGAAGAUGGGAGUUAGACUUAAUGUAGUCACUUAUAACUCACUUUUCAAUGGGCUAUGUCGUCAAAAUUGUCUCAUCGAGGCUUUUCGGUUGUUUGAUUCAUUGGAGAUGAAUAAAAUAAUUCCUUCUGAUGUUACUUAUGGUACACUAAUCGAUGCUUUGGUUAGAGAAGGCUAUUUGUUGGAUGCUCGGCAAUUGUUUGAGAGAAUGAUCAUCAAGGAUAUAAAACCAAAUACCCAUAUUUACAAUACUCUAAUUGAUGGAUACUGUAAAUUUGGGAAUGUGGAAGAAGCAUUGGGGCUUCUAUAUGAUUUGGAGAACCACUCUCUUAAGCCUGAAAAAUUCACCAUAAGUGCUGUGAUUUAUGGCUUUUCCUCUGAGGGAAACAUGGAGGGUGCACUUCAAUUUUUCAUCGAUAUGAAGGGAAAUGGCAUUUCCCCUGACUUCUUAGGCUUCUUAUAUUUAGUAAGGGGCCUAUGUGCGAAGGGUAGAAUGGAAGAGGCACGGAGUGUUGUAAGAGAAAUGCUUAAAGAUGAAUCUGUUCUUGAGUUGUUAGCUAGAGUAAAUAGCGAGAUUGAAACAGAAUCUGUAGAGACCUUUCUAGUUGACCUGUGUGAACAGGGUAGCAUUCAGAAUGCUCUUAUCAUUCUCAAUGAAAUUGGAUCAAUGUUUUUUCCUUACAAGAGAGCUUCUGCUUCUAGUUUACUUAAACCUAUGGCGUCUUGUGAGGAAGAUAUAGAGACAAUCUCUCCUAAUCCUCUUCCCUCCGUCCAUCAAAUGGACUUUGAUGCUUUGUACUCGAAAAUGACAUCUCUUUGCUCUCUAGGUGAUCUCCAAGGUGCUACUGCUUUGGCAAAAGCUAUGAUAUCUGAUUUUCCGAAAAAAUGAUGGCAUCAGAAUGACACCUGCUCUGAGCUAAACCGAUGCAGGACUUCUGGGAUUGUACAUGGAUGAGAAGUAAUGCAACACAUCAGCUACAUCCUACAGGCUGAUGACUCUUCUAUCAUUUCGGCUGGUAUGCAUCAGUAGGCCUAUUUUGAUGUGUUUUCGGAGUUGGUAAUACUUGUCCAAGUAUUAUUUUGAAGCAUACGACUCAGACCUUUGGAUUAGCAGAAUUGCCGUGAUUGCCUGACUGGUAAUACUCUAGCACUGUUUACAUAUAACAUCAUGGGACUAUGGGAGUGGCAUCUUGUCGCUUAUAGUUUACACCAAGGCCUCAUGCCUCAUGGACAUGCUGUGUGAAGUGACUAAUUCGGGGGCAAAAUCUUCGUUGAAGAUACAGUAUGUUUUGAGGGUGUUUGAGAAAAUUACUCCUAAAAUUAUGAAUGCGUGAUUUGUGAUUUGUGAAUUGUGAUUAAACAAAGUGUUAUCUAGAUAAUCUUGACAUCAUGUAUGGAAAUCGUCAUUAUUUAUUAUUUUUUGUAA